AGGCAUGGGAGGGUGGAAGUGAUUCAUUCGCCGGUCCCCACAUUGACCGCUCCUCCAGUCAGCUGCGCUCCAGGUCUACGAUGGCAGUGGCCGCCAGCCCUGCGAUCCUUCUGUGCCUCUUGACUCUGUACCUGCUAUCCGACUGGUCCGGGACGGGGCGGGCCGAUGCUCACUCUCUCUGGUAUAACUUCAACAUCACUCGUGGGCAACAGUGGUGUGAGGUCCAGGGCCAGGCUGAUCAGAAGAAUUUCCUCUCCUAUGACUGUGGCAGUGACAAGGUCUUAUCUAUGGGUCACCUAGAAGAGCAGCUGGAUGUCACAGAUGCCUGGGGAAAACAAUUGGAAAUACUGAAAGAGGCAGGGCGGAGGCUCAGAAUGGAACUGGCUGACACUGAGCUGGAGGAUUUCACACCCAGCGGACCCCUCACGCUGCAGGCCAGGAUGUCUUGUGAGUGUGAAGUCAACGGACCCAUCCGUGGAUCUUGGCAGUUCAGCUUCAAUGGACAGAAGUUCCUCCUCUUUGACUCAAACAACAGAAAGUGGACAGUGGUUCAGGCUGGAGCCAGGCGGAUGAAAGAGAAGUGGGAGGACAGCAAACUAACCAUGUUCUUCCAGAAGGUCUCAAUGGGAGACUGCAAAACCUGGCUUAGGGACUUCCUGAUGCACAGGAAGAAGAGGCUGGAACUCACAGCACCACCCACCGUGGCCCCAGGCACAGCCCAGACCAAAGCCAUGGCCACCAGCCUCAGUCCCUGGAGCCUCCUCAUCAUCCUCUGCUUCACCCUCCCUGGCAUCUUAGGAGAGUCCUUUAGAGUGACAGGUGGAAGAUGAUACCAGGAAGCCUUUGUUAGCCUCGUCUGGUUCCCACUCUCCCUUCAGAGAAGGCGCCUGUCUACUUACCACUGUGCCUUACUGGACAACCAGGAGUUCAAGCCUUAGCAAGCCCACUGGCCCCCAGCAGAUGAUGAGGACAUUGUAGACUCAACAUCUCAUGCCACUCGUUACCUUUGCUGAUGAUCCUAGCAGCCAUUUUUCUUAAUAUCUUCUGCCAUUUUCUUUUGGUGCUAAUGGAUGGAAUUCCUGUACAAGUUUUAACUGAACAAGAAAUCUCAGCAAAAGCAUUUUAUUUCUACUUCUUUGAUUGUGGAAAAGCAGACACUUCUCUGAAGCAUGACCUUAUUCUUCUAAACGGUAUUGCUAGUAAAAUAGCAUGGUGGACUUCAGGCCUCAGGGAUCCUUUCCAUGCACUGACCAAGAAUGGUAUUAAUCCUUUUUAUUGUUAUGGUUAAUAAUGGUAUUAAUCCUUUUUAUUGUUAUUGUUAAUGGUAUUAAUCCUUGUUAUUGU